AUGGGCAUAGAUGACCCAUCUUGUGUGCUAUGUGGCGGUGAGAUUGAAUCUAGCUGCCACCUCUUCUUUAAGUGCCCAGUUGCUAGAGCAAUUUGGUACUCCAGCUGCUGGGGCCUUAGAGCUGAUAAGUUGCACAUCUCCUCCAGCUCUGACAUUAUCAAGCUAGUAUUGAAUCCACCCCAAGCCUUAUGCCUUCAAGAAGAUCAAUGGCAUAUAUCCUUGAACAUGGCUCAUAUAAUUGAUGAAAUUUGGCAUCUGAGAAAUAGAACCACAUAUCAGGAGGCUCAAAUUGAUAUCUUUGAUUCUAUCAAGCAGAUUCAACUUAAGUUCCAAGAAUUUUCCACUUUGAUUACUUUGGAGACACUCCCUACUGCUCAAGCAAAGCACCUAUUUUGGGAGCCGCCUCCCAUUGGCUGGAUAAAGCUUAAUGUUGAUGCGGCCAUAACUGAAUCCUUCUCCACUCUUGCAGUUGUGGCUAGAGAUCAUAAGGGCACAGUCAUUAAAGUUUGGUCCAAGCUUCACCAACCUUGCUCCCCCAUUGUUGCUGAGGCCUAUGCAAUCCUUUGGGCAAUGCAACUUGCAAACCAUGAACAAUGGAGUCAUGUUCAAAUCGAAGGAGAUGCAAAGCAAUGUUUUGACCCUCUUUCAGUUGAAGAUGUCCCACCUGAUUGGUCUAUCAGUAAUAUUAUUAGUAGUAUCUUAAGUCUUAAAAUUUGUUUUGUGAGUGUUUGUUUUCGUUGGGUCAAUAGAGUGUGCAAUGCUGCAACUCAUGCUACUGCAAAGCACUCAGUAGCAUCUAAAAUGUCUCUUUGUUGUAAUAAGGACAAUCUUCCCUGUGCGGUUUACUCUGCUUGUAUGGAUGAUUGCCUCCACGUUCCUUUAUUUUGA